AUGAGUCACAAUUCAAUUCAUUGUAGAAAAAUAUAAUUAUCCCUCCAAAAAAACUACAUUUAACCAUUUUACAAGAAUAUUAAACUUAGAAUCCAAAUUUCUCAUAAUUUAUCAAUGAAAAACAAUUAAAUCCCUGUUUCAUUAAUUGUGAAUUAAUUCCAAUCUUCAUUAUUUAUUAACAUGAUAUAGACCUUAUCCAUCAAUUCUAAUUUAAAUAAAAUCAAUAACUCAUGCGAAUCUUAUCCAUCAUAUUAUUAAAUUAAUCUUUAUGUCAAUAAUAACAAUAUAGAAACUAAAAAAUAAAUAUUACAAGAUAACAGAAUUACAUAUUGUAAAAUACUAGAAAUUAAUGUUAAUGAAGAAUAUAUUGAUUAAGAUUUAGAAUUUAUCAUUAUUGUAAAUUUGAACAAAAGUAUUGUUUUAAUGAAAUCAAAUAGAUUUUGAGAAAUGAAAUACCUAAAGAAUAAUAUAAAUUAAUUGUAAUAUCAACAUUCAAUCAUAGUCUAAGUAAAUAAUCAAUUUGAUUUCGAAUAUCAAUAUUUUGGUAAUACAGUUAAAAUGAAUAUUGUUUUUCAUAUUAAAUCUCAUUUCCAAUUAAAAGAUAUUGAAAUGGAUUUCCUUUGA